AUCAAGUCCAUAACAGGAGAUAAUCGUUGAAAAACUAAAGAAUUGAUGAAUUACAUAGAAAUUCAUUGAGAUUCACGAGGUAAAUUCGUGGAUAAUGAUUAUCUUUUGGUGAAAAAGGGUCAUUUGAAUACUGAUUGAAUCAGCGUGAGGUCUGAAGUGGAUGGAUGGAAUGAAUCGUUCGUUGGGAACCGCCUGAUGGUAGUUUUCACAACCCAGCCAUCUUGGGUUUGUUGGUUCGUAUAGUCGUGCAACGACACUGCCCAGAGAAGGUGGGGGCUGUCAGUCACGAUACGUCAAGCUAUAGUAAACCGCGGGUUUUCACCAUUUUUUUUUUUUUUCCCACCUUCACCUCCCUUUGUUCAAAACCAUUUUGUAACCUCCGAGUGUCUCAAUCGUGAAAUCAAAAUAUUAAUUUAAAAAAACAACGAAUUAGUGAUUGUAACCUUGAGGGGCGUAGGGGUAUAACUGAGUGAAUUUUUUUUUUUAUUACACUCUAGACCUGGCAGUGGGUUCAAUAGUUGUUGGGCACGGGGUUGUUGGAUUGUUGGGUUGUUUGACCACUCACGACUGCGUAUUCCCAAGGAAUAGUGAACGUGUGAAAAAAAGGAAAAUAAAUGAAAAAUUGUUUAUUGGCGGUUCAGUGGUAACACAGCGCCUAGUCAACAUCACCUUUUGGUGCAUAUGUGUGAAACUAUUUUUUUGCCCCCUCUAUUCCCCCCCCCUUUACUAUUUCUAACAUCCCCACCCCCCUCUCCGCCCAAUUUUUUACCCGCCUCCCCCCUGAAGUUUUGAUUUUUCCCUCGUUUCGCAUCUGGGUGGUGAAAUUAUGAUCUAGCCAAUACUAUUUCAACGCAAAAUGGAAAAUAGUUCGUGUUUCUGUGUGUGCGUUAGGCGUCAGUGAUAAUGGUACGCGUGCAAGACGACCGUCAAUUCCAGAAAGCACAAAAAGAAAGUGCUCUGAGCUACUUAUUUGACAACGAAAUUUUCGAGAUAAACUAUUUAACGAGUGAAGCGACAACGAGCUAUGUUGAUGGUGAAAAAAUGAGGUUCUCGGCUGUUCAAGAAGAGGAUGAGUACGAGGUAGGACUGGGGCAAGAGAAUCUUGCCCGUGAUGGUGCAGAUGAAGGUAUGAGGGCCGCCGCUCGUGAAGCAUUGGUAUUCGGUAAAUCCGUCGACGAUUCCUCGACGGCCUACUGCCUUCCACUGUUAUUUGCCAACGGUUAUCCCACCUCAUUGGAUCAAAUAUCCGUGACUGAAUUGGAACGUUUCAUAACAUUCAUGGUAGAAUGUUCAUCAGGUCCACUUCAAACUGGUGCACCACGUUGGUGGCCCAAGGAUAUCAAAUUUUCAAAACCCUUUGUACGACCUAAGCGAAUCAAUGACAACUGGAUGGGGACCUUAAAGAAACUAGUAUUCAAAUGUUACACAUACCACAAGAGCGAGUACUUACUCCGCUUUUGUUCGUAUCUCGCCCAAUAUCCACGGGAAAAGCUUUACUAUCUCAAUAACUACGACUCAACUACAAGUCUGUACCACAAGGGAACCGGAAGAUUACUGGCAACAUUCCGCAACGUCAACAUGGAUUAUGAUAAAAUAGUUGAUAGUCCGCGUCGAUCACUCCUACCCCAGAAUCAUGGUGCAUCAAAAGUAUUGGGUAAACCUAACAAAUCAGGGGAGCAGAAACAACGGACAAAGGAUCAAUCCUCACUGGUUGUCAUACAGCCUGUUAAAGAGGAGAUUUAUCUAUGUGACAACUGUGACGCUGAGUUUGGAGAUUUGGAUCAGAUGAAGGAUCACGAAAAGAUCUGCAGCGAGCCAGUGUCAGCCAUCAGUUCACGACCAGUAACUCCUUACGAGCCGAUAAUUGAACCAGAGCUGGAUCAGAAUAAAUUCCUAGAUUACUUCAAACUAUCAGGAUCAACAGCACCCAAGUCAACGACAUCCCGUGAUUUCCCAGCACCAACGAUUCACUGCGAGCCAUUGAGAGCCACAAGACGACUCAGAACAGCUGUUAAUCUCACGAGAUGUCCAACAAUUCCGCUGUCAUCACCAGCUGGCCUCAUAAUGCUCAAAAAGUCCAAGACUAUGACUGAGAGCAUCCAGCAGGAGCGACUCGACAGGAUAGAGAGACACCUCAAUGCACCACCUCUCAAUAAAUUCAGCAGACCAAAGUGGCUUGAUCGACAUGUCGAGUACAAUCGUUGGAUGAUCAGCUACAAACCUAGCAAGGAGAAAUCAGCACAGACUGAUUACGCUCACAAGUACACCUUCGGGGCAUUCAAACGGAAACCUGCCCUCAGUCUCAAGUCUCAACUGCUCUACAUAGCGUGCGGUAGCUGUCACGUGAAGCUAGAGCGACUGAGCCCCGAAAAAUUGGAGGACCUGAAGAGCCAUCCAUGGAAGUAUCGUCCACCAGCCCCAAGACGACCACCACGACCACGACCAGGUCCACUCUCAAAGAUGAAUCCAGGUCUCGCCCUGAAACGCAAACUCGCCGCCGAAUCACCGCGACACCCACACCCAAAACGCAUGUCAACACUCCUCCGAGCACUUGACAAGCAACCAAAACCCACUCUCCUUCACAAUCCAGUCCACCGUCGUUCAGAUACCGAAAAAAUAAUAACACUCGUCAAUCUGUGCUCAUCCGACGAGGAGGACGACACGUGGAAUAUCACCAGAUUAAACAGCGAUGAAAAUCGCGAUCCCAUGUCCUCCAGUGAGAAUCCAUCAAUAAAUUAUUUCAAGACAAUAUCCCUGAGCCCGAGCAAUCCCCGUACACGAUCGCUCGGUUAUCAGGGUACAUCGGUCAACGAUUGGCUGAGAAGAGAAUCCCUGACUAAAGACGAAAGAAAUUCCAAAUUUCUUGGACACGUCAUAGACACCCCCAAGACAUAUGCAUCACUUCUAAAACAAACACCAUAAAAAGCAAUUGUAAAAAUCCCCAAGGCUGUGCUGACUGCAGUCUUCGACAACUCGAGAUUGGCAGAGUGAAAAAAGGCCCGAAUGCUUUUGACAGAUCAAUAAAUCAUAGAAUGAAAAGAUUGAGAGAAAAAAAAGAGAGAUAACUUGACUCGCCCAAGUCCCCGCAUCGUGUCUAUUUUUUUGGGCCGCAGCGCGUUAAUUCAUUGAGUUUAGAUGAUUUUAUAUGACGUUACUGUUGUGUUAAUGACACUUUGAGCAUCGAGAAUGCCAAACUCACGUUUUUUUUUUUCUCUCCUGAAAUUAUUCCUUGUGGGUCAACAAUUCUCACGAUCCCCUGGCAUUUCAAGGGUCGGACAAUAUAGACUGUUUUUUCUCAUUUAUUUCUUUCGUAUGGAAGUCAUUACGUUCUUCCCUAUAUCACUUGUUUUUUUAUUAAAUAUAUAUAUUGUAUUUUUCCCAUCGAAAGAGAACUGCGAACGUAAUACUGCAGUAUGCAAAUGAAAAAUCAUCAGAGCGUACAGUUUAUUGUAAGAGAAAUGAUGUCAUGAAGUUAAUGUGGAUUUCAAUGUAAAUCCCGAUAUCAACUUGUGGUCGCUGUAUACUUUAUGAAAAAAAGAAUGUACAUAUAAAUAAUCCUCAUUUGAAAUAAAUUUUGUCUAGAUUUUUCAUUUUA